GAUGUCUGGACAUGGUCAUGGACACAGUCAUGGCAGCGGUGGAUGCGAUCACAGUGACGAUAAGUCUGGGAUUGACAGGGGAGCAGAAUUUAGUCUGUACAUGAAAAUAGAUUUAGACAAGGUUCAGUGUCUCAACGAACAAAUUGACGGGUCUGGCAAAACAGUCUUCAAGCCAUGGGACCAAAGGCUAGAUAAAGAAAGGGUUGUGGAAAGCGAUGCGGAUGAAGAGCUCUUAUUCAAUAUUCCAUUCACUGGCAAUGUGAAACUGAAAGGAGUGAUCGUGAUAGGUGGAGAGGAUGAUACACACCCAUCCUCCAUGAAGCUGUACAAGAACAGACCUCAAAUGUCAUUUGAUGACACAGGUGUAGAGGCAGAUCAGGAGUUCCAGGUGACACCAGAUUCCACAGGAGUUGUAGAAUAUCCAACAAAAGUUGUUAGAUUUUCUUCUGUGACCCAUCUAACCAUUUAUUUCCCAACAAAUUUCGGUGCUGAUACAACCAAAGUUUACUACAUUGGGCUUCAUGGAGACUUCACCGAGGCACAAAGACAAGAGAUUCUCAUAACCAAUUACGAAAUAAGACCGAAUCCAGCUGAUCAUAAAGUAGACUCUUUUAAUCCAAUGAGCCAUGAAAUACAGUGAUUGCAUUCACAUCUGGUACAAACCACUUGUGACCCAGUUAUCAUUAAAUUUGGUUCUACUUAACUGCAUUACUAAGCUGCUAGCACUUGCAAUCUUUUUGCAUUAAGAAUUUGCAAAAGUUUGUGUGGUGCUGCCUAUGUGCCAGAUGCGGACUAAGUAGAUGCCCAAAUUGAAAUUUGGCUUUCAGCAGACCUACAAUUUCGCUCAAUCUGCUCACUUCAUUUUCAUUUACAAUAAAUAAAGAAAAAAAAUUAAAAAUAAAUAAAAAAUUUGGUGUGCACAUUACUGCUUCUGCCGAUGUUAUAUUCUGGUAACUGGUGCAAUGUAUGGAGAUGUGGUGAAACUAUCAUAAUGUAAUAAUUAAAUCAAGUGUUAUCAAAAUAAACCACUUUUAAGAAAUGUAUAUUUAAACACAUGGCAUGGGAUUAACUUCAGGUAUUACCACAUGCUAUGAAAAUACUGCCAUUUUCUAUGACUUUUGCUUCAGUGGGGCACUCUUUAUCUACAAAUUGUUCAGCAGACAGUUAAACUAAAAGUGCAACCCCACAUUAAAUAUUCCACAAUUUUUAUCAUUUUAAAACUUAAUAAAUUUGCCACAAGUUC